CUCACUAUCAGUGAUACUGAGAAAAACUAAUAAGCAGGGUUUACAAAAGACGUGGGCCCAAUGGAGGAAAAAGACGACGACAAAUGUUCAAGAUCGAUCUACGAAUGAAACAGACUCAUCGCAUUACAAUACACUCGAACUCAUAUUAGGAGAACUCGUGAAACCUGUGUCAGAUUCGGAAACGACACGAACGAUUGCUGGAAUUUUGCACGAAAGCAGUUCGAAUGAGCUGCCAUACUGGGAACAGAGGGAACACAAAUGCCAAGCGAAAGCUACUGAUUCGACGCGUCUGCAGGUUUGCCUUUUUUUAGGAGCAGUGCGCGACAUGCAUCCUUCCGAAAACCGUAUCCUCGCACGAGUUUGCGGACACGCCACCAUUCCUUUGGUGGAAGUGCGCCUCGGUCCCGUUCCCGAAUUUACUAGUAAAAUACUAUCAGUCGUUGCCUACCAUCAUAAUCAAGAAUCCCUUGGCCCAGCGAUAGCUAUUUUGGCAGAGCGUCAAAUGGAAAAGAAGAAAAAGCGCCCUCGUGAGGAGGUUGCGGAGCCAUCCACCACUGGCAAUGAAUCAUCCCCGCUUUUGCAUACCGUCUGUUCGCUGCCUAUUGCAUCAACGAAGAUCUCGGUGGACCUGAAAGAUAGAGAUCGAACACUUUGGAUUCUGACGGAUUUUUUUUGACGUUGGACCAAGAUGAGCUCGUUUCCGCGAUGGCCGAACAGCACCAGGCUGCUCCUUCCGAGUUUCAAAUUUUGUCGGUUUUGAAGCAAAGAAUCUCGUCACCAAUUUUCCCGAAACGCUCGAACACUGACAAGAGCAAGACUGAAGGGUCGUACGAGGACUUUGUCUCGGCGCUUAUGUCACAGGCAGAUCCACAACCAGUGCUUGUGAUAGACACCGAUGACGGCGGAGAUGCACAGAAUCUUUGCGAAAUAUUCCGUUCCUCACCACCAAGAAAUCCAUCGAGCGGAAAAGCUUUUACGUUGGUGGCUUUGGUUUCAAUUGCGAAAUCGACUGUGAAAAAGAAACUCGUCGCAAUGCUCGAGCAGGCUCGUUUUCCCAUUUUUUUGCCACGAAGCAAACACUAG